AUGACCGCCCCCUCCUCAUCUGAAAAUGAAGAUCAAGCGUCAAUUGAUGCUCUUCCUCCAACCGAUCGAGGCCGUGGAGCCUACAUCGCUCUCGCUUGCUGCACUGUAGCCCAAGCACCGAUCUGGGGGUAUUCCGUCGCAUUCGGAAUCUUCCAGGAGUACUAUACCGCGCAAAGCGAUAUCGAAGCCUCCCCAAGCGCCAUUGCCUCAAUCGGGGCCUCUCAGACUGGUAUCAUGUACCUAAUGAUGCCACUGGCCUUCAUCCUCCUGAACCGAUACCCUCGCCUCCGACGAUGGUGUGGACCGUUGGGACUUCUCAUCACAGUGGCAAGCCUUACGGCCUCCGCCUUUGCCAGCAACAUUGGCGCCCUGAUUGCAACCCAGGGUGUGUUUUACGCGCUGGGUUGCAGCUUGAUCUUCAGCCCCAUCUCACUCUACAUGGACGAAUGGUUCGUCGAACGCAAAGGCUUUGCUUACGGCGUCAUGUGGGCCGGAAAAUCGGCUGUCGGCGUCGUAAUGCCCUUCUUAUUCAGCGCCUUACUACGGCGAUUUGGUCCUCGGAGCACGCUUCUCUCAUGGGCCAUCGCCUCUGUGGUCCUGACGUCCCCAACACUGCUAUUUCUCAAGCCUCGUGUCGAACUCAGCCGCGACUCUCGGGCCCGGCCAAUCUCAUUCUCAUUCCUCAGAUCUGCUUCGUUCUGGAUGCUGCAGAUUGGAAUCAUUAUCCAGUCCUUGGGGUAUCUCAUGCCAAGCACAUAUCUAGCCAGUUAUGCCAGCGCGAUUGGGUUGUCAGCUGUCACUGGCCCGAUCCUGCUGGCCUUGUUUUCCCUGGCGUCGGUUCCUGGCUCGCUCAUCCACGGCAUGCUUGGCGACCGAGUUUCAGCUUCCAAGGUAAUAUUGGUGUCAUCUCUUGGAAGUGCUGUUCCUGUUUUUCUUCUUUGGGGCCUCAGUCGCCACAUCAGUACGAUGGUACUCUUCGUCAUAUUUUACGGGUUCUUCGCUGGUGGCUUCAGCUCUACGUGGUCGGCUGCCUUACAAGACAUCAAGGGGGAUAACGAAUCCAUUGAUACGUCUCUGGUGUUUGGCAUGCUUCUUGGUGGGCGAGGUCUUGGUUUCAUUAUCGCCGGGCCUCUGAGUGGUGCUCUUGUUGCUGCCGGGAGCUCUAUUUCUGGAGACGCCCUGGGAUAUGCGACCAAGUAUGGACCGAUGAUCCUCUGCACAGGCGUCACGGCGAUCCUGGGAGCCUGGGCGCCACUUUGGAAGGCGACUAAGGCCGUAAGCUCCACCAGGCUAGGUGCUUGCAUGCGAGUGACGGCAGCGUAAGUUGAGAAAAGGAGGUAAUAUCUUACAAUUCUCUUGGUUUCUUCUUGAAAUUAUGAUGGUGUUCAUGAGUAGAAAGUAGUAGUACUUGCAACGGGAUGCGAAUGGGAGAC